GCAUAUGCUUUGCAGGCCUCGCUUUUCUCGUCCGCGGUCAUCCUUCUCCUGCAUGUGUGGAGCGAGACGCGGUCGGGCUCGGCUACUGACGUCGCCAAGGAGCUCGGGCACGUCACCGGAGCCCUGCGCAUAUUCAAGUCUCUCGAAGAACGGUACGCCCCACACAUCCGAGCUAUCUGUAAUGUUGCUCACAAGAGUUGCAGCUGGAGUCUUGCUGGUCGAUUCUGGUUAGUGGGACCAUUGGUACGUGAAGCGGUCUGCUGAUAGUAUACUACAGGGACAUCGUCCACGAUCUGAAGACCGCCGUCGAUUCAGCACAGAACAGCAGUAGUCGCGGAGCGCACGAACACAGGCGAGAUAACAACGUCGUACCGGAGCAAGACGCCGUUUUGGUCCCCCUUACGCACAUGCCGCAGCCAUCGGGCCAGGGAUCGUCCACAUGCGUCAACGGUGUACACCAGCAAGCGCCAGCAGCUGAGAUUCGCUCCUCCUCAGAUUAUUCGCAGGUGAGCCUCAACUAUGCGCCUACGCACGGCAACGGCGAGACUCUCGGCACGUCCGUCUUCUGGCAAAACCCGUCUGCACAAGCCGGAGUCGAAACACAAGCACAGCCCGGCCCUGCUCCGUCCCUCGAUGGCGCAUACGCACACGCACCGGACCCGGACCUCGAAACGAUCUUCGCGGACCUGCUCCCCACGCUCUCUCACCAGGACCCGUUCGCGGCCAUGACGCAUGUUAUGCCCUCGUAUUUCCCGUCGGCUCAAUUCUUCGAGAGCGCCGUACCUCUGGGCACGGGAGGCUCUGGGGCGCAGCUGUACGUUCAGUCUGGGGGAUGUACGGAGCCAUAGUCUGGACUCGGAGGCACCCUUGUUUUGUGCGAAAACGCAGUAUGACACUAGAUGUAACGUCCUUAGACGAUUAUAUGGACCGUAGCAAUCGAACAAUUGGAACCCGAGAUAUCAACUCA